CUGUUCACCGAUGGAAUCACCAAUAAACUAAUUGGCUGCUACGUGGGUGACAUAACGGAUGAUGUGGUUCUAGUUAGGAUCUAUGGAAAUAAGACCGAGCUCUUAGUAGAUCGAGAUGAGGAAGUGAAGAGUUUCCGUGUGUUGCAGGCUCAUGGCUGUGCACCUCAACUGUACUGUACUUUCAAUAACGGCCUGUGCUACGAGUUCAUGCAGGGAGAAGCACUGGAUCCAGAGCAUGUAUGCAAUCCAGAUAUUUUCAGACUCAUUGCCAGACAGCUUGCUAAAAUCCAUACUAUUCAUGCACAUAACGGAUGGAUCCCUAAAUCUAAUCUGUGGCUGAAGAUGGGGAAAUACUUCUCUCUCAUACCCACAGAGUUUAUGGAUGAGGAAGUAAAUAAAAGGUUUCUAAGUGACAUUCCAAGUCCUCAAGUUCUUCAGGAAGAGAUGGCCUGGAUGAAGGAAAGACUGUCAAAUUUAGGAUCACCAGUGGUACUCUGUCACAAUGACCUGUUGUGUAAGAAUAUUAUUUACAACAAGAAACGAGGUGAUGUGCAGUUCAUAGACUACGAGUACUCUGGAUACAACUACCUGGCUUAUGACAUUGGAAAUCACUUCAAUGAAUUUGCAGGAGUAAAUGAGGUAGACUACAGCCUUUAUCCUAACAGAAAAUUACAGGAACAAUGGCUGAGAUCUUACCUUGAGGCCUACAAAGAAUAUAAAGGAUUUGGCACAGAAGUCAGUGAAAAAGAAGUUGAAGUUCUAUAUGUCCAAGUCAAUCAGUUUGCACUGGCUUCCCACUUCUUUUGGGGAUUGUGGGCUCUAAUUCAAGCCAAAUAUUCCACCAUUGACUUUGAUUUUCUAGGGUAUGCAAUUGUUCGGUUCAACCAGUAUUUCAAAAUGAAGCUGGAGGUCAUGACAUUAACUCUUCCUGAGUAAUGAAGAGGAAGAAACUUACCAAGUGGAUAGACAACCCCUGAAUCUUUUCUGAGAACAGAUACUGGAAAAAAGCUAAACAUUUGUUGAAGUUCUGUAAUGCUCACUUGGUGGUUCUUGCUUUAUAAAUAAUGCCUCUAAACAGUCCUUCAAUGUUAAAUUUAAUAUGAAGAGCAUACGUACUGCUGUUGAUAUAAAAUGGAUUAGAAACUUGCUAAAUCUAUAAAAAGUUGUAGAAAUGGCAAUUUAAUCCUUCUUUGUAAUUUAACAUAUGUUGUAUGUGAAUUAUUUAUUAUAAGUUUAACAUGAUUCCA